UGCCGCUCAGUGCAGUCUAGGCCGCCAGCUUGUCCGGCGCGUACCAUGCAGAGCAGUGGCUUGGUCCUCUGGCUCGUGGCUCUGGCGUGCGCGUGUGACCCUUGCCUGGCAUCCUCCAGUGGCACCGGCCACCAGCGCCCCCGCAACACCCUCCUGGCACUGGUGCGGGCGGCCACGGCCCUCCACCAUCAUCCGCCCGCCGCCCACCCGCCCCAGAUACCCGCACUACCCGCCAACGCGCUCUUAGAAUACCCGCAUCUGUAUCGUCGCCACCAUGUGGCUCCUAACGUGCCCCCGGGACCUAUCCUGCCGGCGGGGCACCGCCACUACGAGCAGGCCGAGCAGCAGCCUCCAGCAGACGCCGACGAGGAGCUGCUGCAGGAGGAGCAGCAGCAGGAGGAGCAGCAGGAGCGGCGGCGGGCGUGGGGUAAACGUGGGGGCCAGCAGCAGCAGGAGAGUGAUGCCCCAGUGAGCGGAGGGGCGGGCGAGGGGCAGCAGGAGCAGGAGGAGGAAGCAGCAGUAGCGGCGGGGCUGCAGCAGGUAGGAGCCUCCAUAGCCACCAACUUCCUCAGGCACGCCCGCUCCGGCCCCAGGCCCUACGACGUCCCCAGAAUCGGUGAGUCUUCCUGUUCUCUAUAUUAUUGGUACAACCUACCCCCAAACACCCACUAA